UUUCCCUCUUUGUGUUCAUCUCGUCCGCCACUCGCCAUGGACGAUCUCUCACUAGAGAAAAUCGAGAUUUCGGGUGCAACAUUGGCGUCCCUGAUUCAACGAGCUUCCUCCUCUCCAAGUGACGUCGAUGGCUUGAUCUUCGGCCAAAUCCACCGCAUCGUCUCCUCUAAUCUAUCCGACGAUCCUCCGGCGGAUUCGUUGGCCUCGAGUUCCUCAUCUGAUCAAAUUGUCGCCACCGUUACGAGCUUUGUCUGCUCCGGUAAGACUGUAUCAUUCUAUGAUCCGCUUGGCCGUGUUGACUCGCGUCGAAUCGAUUCCCUCCGAGUCGAUUCGCCGGACCGCCUGAUUGGCUGGUUCUCCGCCCGCCGGAAAACCGCGAACCGUCCCUCAAUGAGAGAGUUAGCCGUCGCUUCAUCUCUGUCAUCUCAAUUUCACUUACCGGUCGAGGAUUUGAAAAACCCUAAAUUGACGAACAUGGCUUCAUGUGUGUUCUUUCUUCUCACUACGCCAUCGAGUGAUCAGUGCAUCCACACGCACGAGUACCGAGGGUACCAGUUCCGGUCCUCCAAACAACGACUGGAGCCGAGAUCCGUUGGUAUAGUCAACAUCGGACCGGCGUUUCGGGGCCAUUACGGUUCGUUUAGACCGAAAUCGGGAUUUCCACCGUUGAUCUGCGAGUUGGAUAGCUCAGCCAUGAUCGUGGAUCGCGAUGAGGGUUCAUUGGGUGCGAAGAAACAAGCAGUGAAGGAUCAGAAGGAGAUCGAUGCGUUGGCAGAGGGUUUACAAGUUGGAGACUUGAAACGUUUGGUUGGAGCCGAAGCUGCAAAUAACACAGGCGGGAUUGAAGAUAUGUAUGAGAAAAUGUUGGCCAAGGUCCAAAGCUUGGCUUCGGAUGUAGAGAAGAGCUCGGAUAGGGUAUUUCAACAGGAGAAGCAUAAUCGGAAGCUGCGAAACCGGAUUGCCAGAAUGGGGCGGUGAAAGCUUCUCUUGGAUUUCUGUUUUUGUUGUUGGCGCCAGGUUUAACUUGUCUCUCCUUCUCCAUUCAACGAACUCAGCUUGUUUGAAGGUUUAUUCACUUACUUGGAACUCUACCUUAAGUGUAUCAUACUUCCCUGAGAUCAGUACUUUGCUAGGCACAAUUGGAACUAUAUGGAGUAGACCUCUUGUAUCUAAACAAUUUUCUAGUUAAACCUCUGCUGGCUAGAUGGAUUGCUUUAUCGCAAGAGAUCUCGUUUCCUUCUA